UUUAGUAAUUGGGUUAUGAGUAAUUCGCCACAUUUUAAUCUCCCAUUUUGUCUCCAUUGUUGGUCAACUAAGUAACAUAUAAUUGGUCACAAACACAGUGCAUGUAGCAGGAAUUCAGUCUUUCAGUGACCACACUUUGAAUUCAAUGUUGUGUUCAUCAACAGGUGGAAGAAGAUGCGUUCCCGCAGCAACAGCCUAGAAGACGUAGCAAAGCUCAAACUGGCUCAGCAGCAGAACAUGGACACACGCAAGCAAUCCGCAGAGCGAGAUGAGCACCCGGGUAGAGCAGAACACCGCAGUAGGCGUCAAGAGCUGCCAGCCAACACUGGGACCGUCGAAAGGAACAACAAUGUGGCUAAAAACAGCGCCGGCACUGCUGGAAGACCCAAUGGCAGCAGCGCUGCAAGGGCCGGCCGACGGGAGAAGGGCAGGGACCUCUCCCGGGAUGACCUGGUGUUUCUCCUGAGUUUACUGGAAGGAGAGCUACAGGCCAGGGAUGAGGUGAUCACAGUCCUAAAGGCAGAGAAAAUCGACUUGGCGCUGCUGGAAGCCAAGUAUGGGUUUGUCACACCACAGAAAGUCCUGCAGGCCCUGCAGAGAGAUGCCAUCCAGGGAAAGUCGGACGUCUUCCAGGAAGACAUCUACGAGAAACCCAUGGCAGAGCUCGAUAAGUUAGUGGAGAAGCAGAGGGAGACCCACCGGCGGAUGCUGGAGCAGCUCCUGAUGGUGGAGCAGGCCCACAAGCAGGCUCUGUACAAGCUGGAGGACGAGAAGAGGAACCACGGAGAGUUCAUGAGGAAGAGCGACGAGUUCACCAACCUGCUGGAGGAGGAGCGCGAGAGGUCAGCGGGGAACUGGUUUGUAGUAUUUCCAAAAGCGGUUGCAUGUGAAGAGUAGUGUAUAAAAAUCGUCUUGACUCAUGCAGCAAGUUUAGUAUUCAGCGGAAGCCACUGUUACAGUGGAAGCAUAUUGCAAUAUCAUUAAGACUAUCUCAGUGGUUUCAGCAUUCAUUCGUACAGUCUGUUUCCUGUGGAGCAGGGGUCCCCAAACUUUUUCCUGUGAGGGCCACAUAACUUUUCCUUUCUCUGGUGG